AAGUGGCAUAACCUCAUCUGCAAAGUGAAAAGACAAUGUUUUGGGGCUGAUUUUCAUGCAUCUCUGCAUAUUUUCACCUGUUUUGCACCCCUAGACACCCCGUGGGCGGGCUAAGAGGCAUUUUCAGUGAUCUCGUGGCAUUAGAUAGCUUCCGUAUGUUUUGUUGUUUGCGCAAUUGUUUGGGGGAUGCUUUUGCCACUCAGACGGUCACUGUGCGCCCCCGGGAGAACCUCAUCCACCUAGACACCACUCACAUGGGCCACGAAGUUGUGAUAGUGAAGAACGGCCAGAGAGUCUGCGGUUCGGGCGGCGUCUUGGCCACGGCGCCCCUCGUGCAGUCCAAGUCGUACUUCGAGGUGAAGGUGCAGCAGAGCGGCCACUGGUCCGUGGGUCUGGCCACGCGCAACACAGAUCUCAACAGGCCCAGAGGAGGCUUGGACGCCGAGUCGUGGUGCCUGGGGUCGGACAACAUCAUCUGGCACGGCGAUCAGGAGGUGUACCGGCUGCAGGAGAAGCCGCCGGAGGCGGAGCCGAAGGAGGUGGAGACGGGGAGUCUGCCCGCCGAGGGGGACACAAUUGGCGUGGCAUUCGAUCACGUUGAGCUGAAUUUCUACCUGAACGGACGGAAUCUGGAGGUGCCGAUGCUCAAUGUCCGGGGAACUGUUUACCCUGCGCUCUUUGUCGACGACGGCGCCGUGCUGGACAUCCUCCUGGACAACUUCAGCCACGCGCCGCCGCCGGGCUUCGAGAAGAUCAUGCUGGAGCAGUCACUCCUCUAGAUGACGCCACAAUCAUCGUGUCACGAGCUUUACCUGUGCAUUUCAGCCUCUCUUCACAUUCUCUAAACUGCUAAAAUCAUUUACAUCACAUUCCUUGACUUUCCUAUCAAAUUCCUGGCGGGAUUCUUAACAACAUUGUUAAUUGAGUGAGGAAGAGUAUUAAAUUAAAACUUAUUUUAUG